UGUUCUUAACCCUCGUGUGAGCAGCAUCCUUUGAACACUGUUUACAGGUUUUGUUGCAACAGUUUUCAUGUAGGAUUUUAUCCCUAGACUUGGACAGCGUCCAGCGCAAGGAAAAUCAGAGGAUAGGCGCCAUUGCCUUCCACUCGUGUAAUUGCUUCCUCUCUAGAAAUGGAGGAAUACUUGCAGAAUCUGCGGAGUUUGAGGUCUCAGAUUAACGAUAUUGAGGAGGUGGCUGCAAAGAGGUCGGUGGAAGAGCAAAGUCAGAAGACAGCGAUCGAGACCUUGGAGAAGGAUAUUUUUUCAGUUGCUUCAGAAACAACUCGUUUAAAUGCUGAAUCUAAGGAAUUGGAGAAAGAAAGAGCUCAGAUUUGCGGCCAGAUAUUUGAGAAACAGGAGAAGAUAUCCUCUUUGGAGAAUGAAACAUCUACUCUUUCACAGUCACUUGAACUUCUCCGGCAACAAAUAGUUAGUGCAUCUGAAGGUCUUCAAGAGAAGAGGAUGUAUUUUGCGAAGAUCAUGGAAGAUUCAGUUUUCAAGCUACAACAGGGUCAUGACUGGCUGAACUCAUAUGAGCAGAAGAUAACGACAGCAAACCUCGUUGAGGAACAUUAUAGUCCUUCAAGUGAAAUGAAUCUGGAAAAUAUGAGAGAUACAUGGGGUAUGAGUUACCAGAAACUUACCGCACAAGUUGAAUCCAAGAAGGCUAAGCAUGAAGAAUUGAAAGCUCGAAAAUCCGAACUUGGUGAUGAGAAUGCCAAGUCAAAGCAGCUUAUGGUGGAGUUAGAGCAGAAAACAGAAAGCUUCACUCCCGCACUAAAAGCUUUGGAUGUGGAAGCUUUGGAAGAGGAACAUAAGGCUCUGCUGGCUGACGAAGCUGGGGAAUUGGAAUACUUGAAGUCAUUAGAUGAUCAAAUUACACAAUUGAAGAGCGUUUCUCAUGCUGUGAAGUGUCAGUGUGGAGAGGAAUACAUGGUAGAACUGGAGGGCUAAAACAUUUUUCCACCUGUAAGUUGGGAGGAUAGCCCUCAUUACUGACUUCGAUCCUCUGAGAAUGGAAACUUUUUUGUGAUUUUGUUGGAAGCGAGAGUGAACAUACUCUAGCAGUAUCAUUAUUGCUAGAAACAUAAUAGGCAAUUCCCCUCUACAAAACACACGAAGAAAGAACUAAGAAGGCUAAUAGAACAAAUAAACACCUGCAUGUUGUGGUGCUUUUUUGCGGCCAUUCUUUCAAGUGGCAAAUAUUCAUCCUAUAUCUUCCCGUUAUUUGGUCGAUAAUUGAAUCCGGUAAUAGAUUUUAAAAGGGAAUAUAUAUA